AUGUCGCUGGCUGAAGAACUUGAACGAUUAUCCGGUGAAAAUGGGGCAAAAAAGGAGCUCAACGGUUGGCGACUCUCAAGUUCAGCUCCGGAACUUGGUGUACAACGAGCUCGUCUGGUGUCCAAAGACGGCAAAACGCUACUCAACAAUAUUCAAAUUCCGGAACGGUUCCGACAAGCAUACAAAAACUGGUUUCAUCUCAUCAUCGAGUGCAAUUGGAGGUCCAUUUGUAUUUUGUUUCUACUCGGUUUCAUUGUUUCAUGGACGAUUUUCGCGCUGAUCUACUAUGUGAUUUCUAAACUGAAGACGGUUAAAAAGGAUGAGUCAUGCAUCGCCAACGUCGACACUUUUAUCAGCGCCUUCCUGUUCAGUAUGGAAUCUCAACACACUAUAGGAUACGGACUACGGUACAUGACGGAUCUCUGUCCACCUGCAUAUCUAACUCUUUGUGUUCAAUGCGUCGUUGGUGUAUUUUUACAAACAAUACUAGCUGGAAUUGUUAUCGCAAAGAUUCUACGUCCAAAGAAGAGGAGGCAGGAAAUGCGCUUUUCCCGAAUGGCAGUGAUCGGACCACUGGAUGAACAUGAUAAACGACCAACGCUAAUGAUCAGAUUGGCGGAUAUUCAAGAAAAACUGUUUUUGGCCGAGUCCCAUGUUAGGCUCUACAUGGCUUGUUCGAAAAUAAACAGUCGUGGGGAUCGAGAGCUCAUCGGUGUCAAAGACAUGAACGUCGGAUAUGAUAGUGGCUGGGAUCGGGUGCUUCUUCUCUGGCCAAUCAUUGUCCGCCACGUUAUCAAUGAGGACAGCCCACUUUAUGGAAUGUCUCGUGAUAAUAUUGCUAAAGCUGACUUCGAAUUGAUCAUGACCGUUGAAGGAAUCGUUGAGGCUACUGGUAUGACUUUCCAAGCUAGGACAUCAUUCCUCCCUGAUGAAAUUCUCUGGGGAUAUAAAUUCAAACCAAUGGUACUAAUGAACGAAAAACUUUCGAAAUAUGAGGUUCACUACUCACUUUUUGAUCAAACUGAGAGAGUCUGUGACUUUGAUGCUCAAACCAUCGAGACGGAGGAAACCGAGGACGACCAUCAUCACAAUGCAUCUGGCUUCCUGUGA